UCAGAACUUCAGCAGGAUAUACUGAGGGUCGGUGGCACCGCCGCCUUCCUGCUCAGCUCUACAGAACAUCCAGCAACCAAGGAGAAAAGGUUUCUGAUUCGGGGAGCACGAUGGCACAGAACAGAACCGAUUCAUCAGGGUUUGGAAACAUCAUCUCCAAAAGUGAUCUGGUUCAUUCAGGACCUCCUGAGGUCUUCCAGCUGAGAACAAAGAAAGAGAAGAUUGGUCAUCUGACCACAGUAGCUGUUGGUGAAAGAAACAAAAGCAAAGCACAUAAAACCAUCCUGCUUGUUGGAGAAACAGGAGCCGGAAAAUCCACUCUAGUCAACGCUCUGUUCAACUACGCCGUGGGAGUAAAGUUUGAAGAUAAAAUCUGGUUUCAGGUCGUGGAGGAGGACAAAAGUCAGACGUCAGAGGUGAUCGUUUAUCAGAUCUUUGGUUUUCAGGACCAGACUCUGCCGUUCUCUCUGACCGUCAUCGAUACUCCUGGAUAUGGAGACCCACAAUCGCCCGGUCAUAAUAUCAGGAUCAACCAACAAUUAGUGGAGUUAUUCCAGUCAGAUGGUGGCAUUCAGGAAGUUCAUGCAGUAGGUCUGGUCAUGAAGGAGGAGGAGAGUUCAGUUAAUGACCGGCUGAAGUACAUCUAUGAUGUUAUUUUGUCUCAGUUUGGAAAAGAUGUGGAGAACAACAUCGUAGCUCUCAUCACAAAAUCAACUGGAAAACCACCUAAAAAAGUUCUUGAAGCUGUAGAAGCUUCAAACAUUAAAUGUGCCAAAAAUGAGAAGAAUCAAGUUACCUGCUUCCAGUUUGAUAACUGCCAGGAUGAGGAGCGAACUGAAGAUUCAGAAUUAUCUAUAGAGAAUGCUUGGAGAAUAACAGAGAGAGGAAUGAGACAGUUCACAGCCUUUCUGGGUAGAUCUUCCCCUCAGCAGCUGAAGGUCCUGACAGCAGAGGAGAAAGAACGGCUCAGACUGACGGCCUGCAUCCAAAACCUGCUGGAGAGAAUCAGGUUCACUGAGUUAAAGCUCAGAGAUGUAGAAACAACUCAAUGGGCUCUUUGUAACAACAGAGACCAGAUGAAAAGUGAUCAGAAGUUUACUGUCAGCAUUCCUGAGACCUACAAAGGAACAGAACCUCUCGCAGAUUCAAGGUGUGGUUUUGAGACGGCCGUCUGCUGCUCUGUCUGUCAGGAGAACUGCCACUACCCUGGAUGCACAGAGGCUUCAGAUGCUCAGCAGUGUGAGGUGAUGAGGGGGGAGGACUGCUCUUCAUGUACCAACAAGUGUCCCGCAUCAGACCAUGUGAAACAAAACUGGAGAUUUGUGAUCAGGACCAGGAAAGCUGAGAAAAACAAAGAAGGUUUAUUACAGAAAUAUGGACAGAAACAGGGAGGAAAGAAGAAGCUGAAGCUCUCAGAAAUCCUUGAUACAGAGAAAAUUAAACUAAAAGUAGAGAAGAGUCACUUAAUAAAUGAAGCAUGUAUGUUUUUUAUGAAACUGUAUAAGUAUGUUAAGAAUGAGGAAUCGAGUGAUGCCUCGGCGUCCACUUAUGUCAUGUUGGACCUCCUCAUCAAGAAGAUGAAGGGACAGGAGGAUGAAGAACGGCUGCAGAAACUUGAGGAAAUCUACGGCCGAAUGGAUGAGAGAACCAGAACAGCACAACAGUUCAGGAUGGGAAUUAACUCCUCUCAUUUGGAGACCUUGAUCUCAGAGAGUGUUCAGAUCCGUGGAGGACCUCCUGCUGUCUACCAGCUGAUGCCAAAGAAAGAGAUGAUAGGAACUCUGACCAGAGUGACGGUUGGUGAAAAAGAUGAAACGAAGCUAAAUAAAACCAUCUUACUGGUUGGUGAAACAGGGGCAGGAAAGUCCACUCUGAUCAACGCUCUGUUCAGCUACGCUCUGGGAGUAAAGUUUGAGGAUGAAGUCUGGUUUCAGAUCAUAGAAAAGGAGGAGGGAUGUUGUCAGACACAAAGUCAGACAUCAGAUGUGAUCGUGUAUGAGAUCUUUGGUUUUGAAGGUCAAACUCUGCCGUUCUCUCUGACCAUCAUCGACACUCCUGGAUUUGGAAGCACCAGAGGCAAAGAAGAAGAUGACUCCGUCAGCAGGAGAUUGUUUGACUUGUUCCGAUCGGAGGACGGAGUUCAUGAGAUCCACGCCGUAGGUCUGGUGAUGAAGGCGAGUGAGAACCGACUGAGUGACCAUUUGAUGUACAUCUACGAUUCAGUGAUGUCUCUGUUUGCAAAAGACCUGGAGAGAAACAUCGUCGCUCUGGUCACACACUCUGAUGGAGGAACACCUGAAAACGUUCUUCAGGCUCUGAAAGCAGCAGAAAUUAAAUGUUCCAAAGAUGAGAAUAAUCAGCCAGUUCACUUUGUGUUUAAUAACCAACAGAACCAGCAGAGAAACAUGUCAGAGAAAGAUCAGCUCAGUUUGAAGCACUUCUGGGACUUUACAAAUAAAAACAUGGGUCGUUUGAGAGACUUCCUGGAAAGGACCGAGACGCAGUCACUGAAAACCACCGUGGAGGUUCUGAAUGAACGGAUCCGACUAACCACCUGCAUCCAGAACCUGCAGCAGAGAAUUGAGCUGACUGAGCUGAAACAGAACGAACUCAGACAGACCGAAGAGGUUUAUAAGAAACACGAAGAAGAGAUGAAGAAGAACGAGAACUUCACAAUAGAGGUUGACGAGGUCUACAAAGACAAAGAACCAAUCAGGUGUGGAAAGUGGGGUCUGAUGCUUUAUAACGGCGCCGUCACCUGUUCUGUCUGCCAGGAGAACUGCCACCAUCCUGGAUGCACGAUGGCCAGGAAACCCAGACACUGCAAGGUCAUCAAGCAGGGCCGCUGCACCGUCUGCACCAACAAGUGCCUCGCAUCAGAUCACGUCAAAGAAAAGUGGAGAUAUGUGAUAAAGAUCAGAAAGGUUAAGAAGACCCUGGAGGAUGUGAAGGCGAAAUAUGAUGACAGCAAAGCUGAAUGUGAGACCAAGUCAGGCCUUCUGGAAAAUCUGGAAAAGGAAACCAUCAAACUGAUAAUGGAGCGCUCGUUGCUGCUGGAUGAGGCCUACAAUCAUGUUCUCAGACUGGAGCAGAUCGCCCUGAAUGUUGACUCAGGGUCCACCUUUGACCACCUGGGCUUCCUGAUUGAGAAGAUGAAGGAAAGAAGCGACCAAAGAAAGGUCCAAGUCCUGGAGGAGCUGAAGGUCAGGAUGGAGGAGGUUAAUGAGAGCCGAGCCCAAGGGCAGAAAUCUGGGAAGAUGGUUUAAGUUCUGACAAAAAAGGAAAAAGGCCUUUUAUUUAGACCUCUUCAUCUGUGUUUAAAUCCUUUCAUACACAAUUAGCACUCAGAGAAUAUAUUACAAAUUAAAAUUAAUAUUUAUAACCAUAAGCCACACAUUACCAGGUGUAAGAUGAUAUUGUUUAGAAUCCUUUUAAGAAAUGCAUUUUAUCACUUUUAAUUAUUAAUCAAUUUAUUGAAAAUGAAAUGACAGAAGUGAAAGUUUUUUAAACAUCUUCUUUCUUCUUGUUUUCAUGUUUUAAUGAGUCUUUAUGCAAAACCUGUAAUGAACUGAACAGGUGGAUUCAUUAUUUAGGAGAAAUCGGGUAACAUCAACAGGUCUGUCAGAAAGAGAACGCUGGACAAAACUCACCAACUGGCUCGUAAUAAUCUGGCACUGAUGUCUGGUCUGAAAGCUGGUUAUA